AUGGAAUCAAAGACCAGACUAGUUUCUACCCUCCGCCUGCUCAUCCCCCGUCUCCGCCUCCUACAAAAGAAAGACACAGCCUCCUCAGUCGUCCAACGCCGUGAACUCUCCCAACUCCUCAGCGAAGGCCGCGAUGCAUCAGCGCGCAUCCGAGUCGAAAAUGUCAUUGCAACAGAUAUCGCAGUGGAGGUAAUGGAGAUGGUCGAGCUCUACUGCGAGCUGCUGUUGGCGCGCGCAAACGUGUUGGAUCAGAUGGCCUUCAGCGACCAGGGUACCCGCGCAAGACUCCGCGCCAAGGAAUUGCUUAAGAAGCGUACCCAGGAACAAACCGGCGCUACGGCAUCUACCACCGCAGGCGUCAAGGGUGCCGGAGAAAGCACUGGCUCCCGAUUCGGAUUCUCUUGGCUAGCAGGAGCGCAAAAGAAGGAGGCUGAGCGAACGCCCAUUACAUCAGCUGGUAGCGCGGAUGACUCUGGGGAUGGGCUUGCGGAUGAAGACAACCCUUACAUGGAUACUGCGCUUGAUGAGGCUGCUACUGUGGUCUUCUACGCGUGGCACCGCUUUCCGCACGAGGUGCGCGAAUUCACCAUGCUCCGCACUAUGUUGGGCGAGCGAUACGGCAAGGAAUUCAUGACUCUGGCACAAGAUAAUAAGCUCGAUACUGUCAAGGUCCCUGAUCGGCUUCUCAAGGGCCUGCGUCUGCGCCCGCCAGGACAGGAACUUGUUGAGAGUUACCUUCGAGAAAUUGCGAAAGCAUACGGUGUUGAAUGGUAUGGAGCUGAAGAAGAGCUGGGAAGUGCGCCGGAAGAAUUUGUGGACGAUCUUGGUGACGGUGAUGUAGAGGAACCCCAAUUACCGCAAACGCCUGGCAAACAGCAAGGGGACUCAGCGGUGAGGCCUAACGUCUCUGAAGCGAGACGAGCCUCAGAGACCAGUGAAUUGACCAAGGCUACGCCUCCACGUGGACUCGCCGCGGGCCGCAGUCCUGUCAGCGUUGCGCCGCCAGCUCCCAGAACCGAUAAUCCCAAUCCCAGAGUCAAGCUCCCCGGUACAGAAGGGAAAGCCGCUGUCCCAAAGGAUGAUGGCUCUAAGAGCAAGAGUAACAAUAAUGGGAUACCCGAGCUGGAUGAACUGACGCGAAGAUUUGCGGAUUUGAAGAGGAGACCAUGA